UGGGUGAGACUGAAUAUUUCAGAUGCUCUCCACACGAAAUGGAUUCUGAAAAGGACAGGGCGCGCGAUGCGAAUGCGCGAGCAGCAGCGGGAGCGUUCUUGGUUGGGUUGAAGACAAAGAAUGAGGAGAAGAGGGUGAAAACGGCCAAAGAGUUGUUCAAGUUUGUGGCUGGUGAACUCAAAGAUGAAGCACCCGAAUAUAUGCAAGAGUUCAUAUCCUUCCUUGAUACCAAGAGCGAACAGAGCGCUGUUCAUGAGUGCAUAUACAGCCCUGAUUUGGAUGAGAAGAAAGCUGGUAUCUUCCUGAUAGUGUGUUUGGCGGAGACGUCCAUAGAUGGGGAAUCGAACAGAGUUGUUCGCUUUGCGAACUUUCUGCUCAAAGUUCUCACUAUGCCGAAUAUGGAUGAAGCUGGCAUGGAAUUGGCUACUAGAGCGCUUGCUUUUCUUAUCCAGACAUCCAAAUCUUAUGCUGCGGAGCUGGUGGAGAAAUGCCUUGAUCAGUGUUUGGAAUGGCUCGAGGAACCCACAAGAAAUGAGCAACGACGUUUGGCUUCUGUGCUGUUGGCACGAGAGCUUGCAAUGUUCACUUCUACUUCGUUUUUCCUUCGGGCUAAUGUGUUUUUCAAGAGCAUUUUCACUGUGAUCAGGGAUCCAAAGCCACAAGUUCGAGUCGCAUCCAUAAAUGCCCUUCAUGCAGCUCUCACCAUCACUUCCCAAAGGGAAGCAAAGCUUAAAACCGAAUGGUACACGAAAUGUUACGAAGAGGCUCUGAACACGCUGAAGAUCACUGAAUUAUCCAAGGAUGACCGAACACAUUCCAUGCUUUUGGUCCUCAAUGAACUCGUUCGGAUUGCCGACGCUACUUUCGAACGAAGUCGUCUCGAAGCACUCGAUAUUCGUCAGACAGAAACGUCUAUUGCUUCGCCGAUCGAGUGGCUCACGCAACCCAGAGUGGCACAUACUGUGGAGAGCAGUACCGCUCGCGCCCUAGUCAUAAGGAACUUCUCUGAGAUUUGCGGUCAUGCAAAACAGGCGGCGUUUAGCUGUGGUCGAUCGGUCCCAGUUCAUCAAACCCUUCUUGAAUUGUUCCCCAGGCUUUCUGCAUGGGAGCAGUGUGAUCCUUCCUUGUGCAAAGUCAUGUUCGAGCAUGCGAAGAAUAUCGUGCAGAAAAACAGUAAUGCUUUGGUAGCAAUCGGAUUAUUGAUGCUUCAAAAUCCUGAUCGCUAUAGCGGUAGCAUCGGACAGAUGAUGAUGGUUGUGACUGAAAUGCUGAACAUAGCAGUGUCCAAGAAGAGAACUCCCGAUCCCUCUGUGUUCAUUUUUCUAAGUCUUUUUGUGAAGGCAUACAAAGACAAAGUCAGAAAUGAAAUCAAGCAGUUAUUGAGUCUUUUGUUCAAAACGAAUCUCACGAAAGGUCUUACUUCUGUUAUGCAUCAUGUGGUGAGGUACAUCCCUGACCUGCAGAUGGAAGUUCAAGACGGCCUCAUGAAGGAGCUGUACAUGAUUCUGACUGGCCAAGUACUUCCGAGCAAACUGGAUCCACCGAAGAAACCCGUUCUACCAGCACAAACUAUCCAGGUUUCUAAUGUCCCGUUGACUGUGCUAGCAUUAGACACUCUUGGAGAGUUCGAGUUUCAAAGACAUUACUUGGAGAUGUUCAUGCAGUACAUUUCCGAGGGUUAUCUGCUCUGUGACUCGGUUACUGUAAGACUUGCUGCUGUGCGAUGUUGUGCUGCUAUAGUAAAACCAUUUGUGAAGGUGUACGAGAUUGCCCAUCGUGAACAUCGGCAGUGGGUGCUGGCGUUGAUUCACGGAGUUCUCAGAAGUCUGGUCAGCGCUGAAGUUGUCGAUCCUCAACUCGAGGUGCGUCUGUGCGUACUACAGUGUUUCUGCGAAGCAGAUCGUGCUUUUCUGUCUCACCUCGCUCAGCCGGAAAUGCUUCAACUGCAGUUCAUGACCUUGCACGAUGAAAAAUUGGAAAUGCAGGAGGCUGCGGUUUGUCUUCUUGGUCGCUUAUCGGAACUGAAUCCUGCUCUUGUCUUGCCAAGAAUGCGAAGAGUGCUCUUAGAAACGUUGAGUCAGCUGACGAACAGUGGGCAAGCUAAGUUGGAGCAACAUAGCGCUCGUCUUCUGACACAACUAGCUCGUCAAAGCCCGAAGUUCAUGCGACCAUACUUAGGCCCUCUCCUACAAGCAUUGCUUCCAAAGCUAAGAAAUGAAAUGAAGCAUGUCGAUGUAACCGUACAUGUUUUGCAUGCGAUAUCCGAGCUCUGUGUCGUUGGAGGAGCUGAGAUAGUUCGCAAUAUUGAUCCGUUGUUCCAGAAGCUUACGCAGUUGAUAAAUGACUCGAGUAGUUUGCAGAGAAGAGAGGCCGCACUGCUCACUAUCGGCCGAAUUGCUCGAUCCACAGCAUAUGUCGUUGACCCAUACAAGGAUUAUCCUAAUCUUCUGGAUGAUUUGUUGAGGUUGCUAAAGACAGAGAUGUCGUCGAAAAUGCGACGACAGGCUAUAAGCACUUUGGGCAUACUUGGAGCUCUUGAUCCGUACACGCAUAAGGUAUUCACUGGAGCCGUGCAAUCAGCGACAUCUAUUAGUACAGCGCUAUCGCUUCCGAUGGCAAGAGAUGCAGCUGAUCCUCGUCAAGACAUAAUCCAGUGGUACAACUACGAAAAAUGCACUUUGGAGGAAUUUUAUCCUGCCAUAACUAUUGCUAAUCUGAUGGUUAUGGUUCAAGAUGAAGCGUUUAUACAGUACUACAAGGAAAUUGCACAAGCAUUGCUGACAAUUUUCCGAAGUCUGGGCGAUUCUUUCCCGCAGUACGUACAGCAGGUGGUGCCCCGUUUGAUAGAGGUAACUCGAGCAUGUCGUGGAAGACCUUCCCAUCGAGAAUUCUUCUUGCGGCAGCUAGCUAGUCUCGUUGCUAUCAUAAAAGUACAUGCCAAGCCGUACAUGAAACAAAUCUUCAGUUUGAUUGCUGAUGCCUGGAGCGACGACCAAAGUGUAAAGGUAACCGUCGUUAGCGUACUGGAACAAAUCGGAACAGCUAUGGGGCAAGAGUUUGCUCCACAUGUUGCUGAACUUAUUCCGUACCUGCUGCACGUGGUUCAGACAGACAAUAGUGAGGAUAGGAAGCUAACUGCUCAGGUUCUAUCCUGUGUAAAAUCACUAUCCGGAUGUUUGACUCCUCAUUUACCCCUGGUUCUUCCUCCGGUUCUCAGCAUACUGGAUGAUAAUGCUGUGCCCAUCAGUGUGAGACAGUCUGCUUUAGAUACCAUUUUGCAUCUAACACGCAGUGAUGAUCUAUCCGACUAUGCUCCUCGUCUUAUGCAAUCCUGGCAAUGUGCAAUCUCUGUCCCAGCGCUUCAGCCACAAUUACUUGAGCUGCUCAUUGAGAUCGUGAACCAGAUGUGGAAACAUUUCGAAGUGUUCCGGAGAGGUGUUGAUGCAAAUUUGCGCAAGUAUAAUCUGAAUUCUGGAGAAGCUUACGAGAAAUACAUCAAAACCGCUCAACAAGCUAUGCUUCACCCGGCAGAACGACCUGGGAAGCGAAGAGGUACUGGAGCAGUGCCACCAGAAAGGAUCAACGUUCCACAUACCUUCACGCCAUCAGCAGCGAAAAAUAUGGAUCAAAUGCUCACUUGGACUGUCAACAAGCAACGGUUGAACAUCGAUGCCGUCGUUCGCGCUUGGUCUGUUGACUCACUGGUGUCCAAGGAGGAAUGGGCUCAGUGGUUGGUAAAACUACGUGUAGCUUUCAUCAAGUCCGGAAGCUCAGCGGCAAUACGAGCUGCAGCAUCACUGAGCGAUCAACAUCAACAUCUUGCUAAAGAUCUCUUCAACGCUGCAUUCAUGUCGGUAUGGACGGAGUUGACAGAAGAUUAUCAAGACCGAUUGAAGGCAUCGCUGUUAACCGCGUUGGAAACUAGUAAUCAUCCUGAUGUCAUCCAGACAAUUCUCAACUUGGCCGAGUUCAUGGACCACUCAGAGAGGGGUCCUCUCCCUAUCGCCUACGAUAGGUUGGGCAAGAGUGCUGAAGAUACGAAAGCGUACGCGAAAGCACUACGGUACAAAGAGCUUCAGAUUCACAAGCAUUUGAACAGAGGAGGAGGUGGUCUGACCACGGAAGAUUGUCAAGCUUUGAUCACAUAUGCAAAUAAGCUCAAUGUCCAAGAAGAAGCUGCGGGAGUCGUGCGGUAUGCCGAACAGCAUGAAAUGGUUAUACCCAUGCUUGGCAGAUGGUAUGAAAAGCUGAAUGAGUGGGAGAAAGCUCUAGAAGCUUACAUGACGGAUCCGGAACCGUUGUCAGAUGAGAUGAUUGGUCAUCAGAUGAGGUGCUUGGAGGCCUUGGGUCGUUGGAGCGAACUAAAUGAGCGUGCACGAACUGUAAAGAAGAAGGAUCAGAAGGUUGCGGUAAUGGCUGCUCGAGGCGCAUGGGCUGUUGGGGAGUGGCAAGCGAUGGAAGAUUAUGUGAAUCAAGUGAACGAAAAUACUCAAGAUGGUGCUAUGUUAAGAGCUGUUCUAGCUGUCAAGAGAGAUCAGUACGAUGUAGCAAUGAACUAUAUCGACAAGGUGCGCGAUAUGUACGACAGUGAACUUACGGCGAUGGCAAGUGAAAGCUAUGAGAGGGCCUACGGUGCAAUGGUGUGUGUCCAACAACUGGCUGAGCUGGAAGAAGCAAUGGAGUUCAAGCUAAGACCAGAACGACAAACGCGAAUUGCUUUACUAUGGAGCAGACGGCUGCAGGGAUGCCGUCAGAACAUCGAACAGUGGCAGAGACUGCUUAUGAUCAGAUCACUGGUGUUGACACCACAAGAGAUGCAUCCAUUAAGAGUGAAAUUCUCUUCGUUGUGCCGUAAACAAGGAAAAAAUGUAAUGUGUCGAGAUGUUCUGAGAGAUCUCUUAGGUUUGGAACCAGGAGCACCUCUUCACAGAGCAGUAGCGCCGAGUGAUAAGCCGCAAUUGGUGUUAGCUUUAUGCAAGCAGCUAUGGAUGGAUGAUUACCGUAAUGAGGCAGUAAGAACACUUGAGGCGUUGGUGAAUCACUUAGAUCGACUGCCGCCGAAUCACACGCCAGAAGCUGCGCGACUAUGCGCUAAGGCUUGUCUCAAACUUGGCGAAUGGACCGAGAUUUUGGCAGAAAGUGCGCCUACCAGCAGCGGUAGCGCAACAUUAUCCAGUCCUCACCGUUCCUUGUUUGGCGGCACACCGAUGAGCGACGAACAAACGGCAACAGAGCAGGUUAUACGACACUAUGCCAGAUCUACAGAGUACGAUAAAGACUGGCAUAAGGCAUGGCACAAACUGGCCUCGGCGUACUUCUCCGCGUUAUCUCGCGAAAAGGAGCUUUCGCAAGCUGUGGCAGCGGCAGCCGUGAGAUCACCUCAUACGCGGCUCAUGCAUGCAACUCCACCGCCACUGAUACCACAACCGCCUAUGGGACUGAUGCCUCCAGUAGCACAGGUGCAAGCUGCGCCAAUGCCUCCGCAGGGAAUUCCACCGCAAGCUAUGCUGCCUGUGACAGUGAGCACCACAGGUGUGCCACUGAUGCCUGUAGGUCCACCUCCUCCACCAGGUGCUCCACCAGGAGCAAUGCUGCAGCUGCUCCCACCUCAGCUUAGUCCCAUGCCCAUGCACAAUCCAUCUAUGGCGACACCUCCGCCGCCAGCUGUACCUGUAAAUAUAGCCUAUGCAGUUUCUGCAGUGAAGUGUUUCACUAGAGCCUUGCAAUUGGCUCCAGGAUCUCGACUGGAAGAUACUUUGCGCCUUCUUCAGCUUUGGUUUGAUUAUGGAGAGUUCAACGAAGUGUAUAAGCAGCUGACUGAGAACAUCAAAGGAUUACCCAUAGAAACGUGGCUCGAAGCCGUGCCGCAACUUAUGGCAAGACUAGAUUCCAAGGACAAAAUGGCAUCACUCAUAAAACAAGUUAUCCUCGAGAUCUCAAAGAUGAAACCACAAGCUCUAGUUUAUGCACUCACUGUCGCAGCAAAGUCAUCGAAUGUUGAUCGACAGAAGAAUGCGCAAGAAAUGCUGGGAGUUAUGGCUGAAAUGCAUCCAAAGCUUGUUGAGGAGGCUAGCAUGGUAUCGGAGGAGUUGGUGCGAUGUGCAAUUUUAUGGCACGAACAAUGGCAUGAUGCAUUGGAUGAGGCUAGCAGACAGUACUUCCAAGAGAAAAAUACCGUAGCUAUGAUGGAGACCUUGGAGCCGGUUCACAAAAUGAUCGAGAAGGGGCCUACUACGCUGAAAGAGCAGUCGUUCAAUCAGACAUACUAUUGCGAACUUUCUGAUGCUUACAAGUUCUGCCAAGCAUUCAAACGUACUGAGAAUGUGAAGGAAUUAACGCAAGCAUGGGAGAUCUAUUGCCAAGUCUUCAAGAAGAUCACUGCUCAGCUGCGACAGUUGACAUCUUUGGAUCUGAAUUACAUCAGCCCUAUAUUGAUGAGAGCAAAGGAUCUCGAGCUUGCUGUACCGGGAACUUACGACCCAUCUCAACCAGUCGUGGGUAUCGCAUCCAUUGGCACCCAUCUACAAGUGAUUAGCAGUAAGCAGCGUCCAAGAAAAAUGACCAUACGAGGAAGUAACGGACGAGAGUAUGCGUUUUUGCUGAAGGGACAUGAGGAUCCACGACAAGACGAACGAGUAAUGCAGUUGUUUGGACUCAUCAACACGUUAUUGGUGAAUAAUGCUGAAACGUGCAGAAGGAAUCUCACUAUACAGAGAUACUCCAUCAUUGCACUCAGUCACAAUUCGGGUUUGAUCGGGUGGGUACCCGACUGCGAUACAUUGCAUUCUCUUGUGCGAGACUAUCGAGAUAAAAAGAAGGUAUCCUUGUCACUUGAGCACAAAGUGAUGCAAUCCUUAGCGCAAGACACUGAGCAAGUCACUUUGAUGCAAAAGGUCCAAUUGUUCGAAAGGGCGCUGGCAUCUACAAUGGGAGAUGAUUUGCAGCAUAUUCUGUGGCUUAAAAGUCCUAGCUCUGAGGUUUGGUUUGAUCGUCGCACAAAUUAUACAAGAUCAAUGGCUUGUAUGUCAAUGGUUGGCUAUAUCUUGGGUUUGGGUGAUAGACAUCCUUCUAAUCUCAUGCUGGAUCGGUUGACUGGUAAAAUUGUGCACAUUGACUUUGGUGACUGCUUCGAUGUGGCUAUGACGAGGGAGAAGUUCCCUGAAAAAAUUCCAUUUCGACUUACUCGAAUGCUCGUGAAGGCCAUGGGCGUCACUGGAAUAGAAGGAAACUAUCGCUUCACUUGCGAGCGAGUACUGCGCCUGCUUCGGGCUAACCGCGACAGUCUGCUGGCUGUUCUGGAAGCCUUCGUGUAUGACCCUGUAAUCAGCUGGAGGUUGCUCGAAGGCACGAAACGUGUUCCUGGCGAAAAGCAUGACGUCACUAGAAGGAAAACUCUCCAAGAAGCCCCUCGAAUUGUCAGAGAACGAGUCAUCGAUCGCAUCAAACACAAGUUGGCAGGAAGCGAGUUUGGCAAUGGUGAGGUAGGCGUGCAGGAACAAAUUGACCGACUCGUCGAACAAGCAACAUUACACGAAAAUCUCUGCCAGUGCUAUAUCGGAUGGUGCCCGUUCUGGUAGCGAAAUGUGCAGUGUACAUAGCAUUUUUAGAUAGAUUAUAGAGUAGUUAUUUAUGUGAGGCGAAUAUUUUGAUGAUGACUAGCAUUGUGCAAUGUUCCUAAAUUUAAUGGUAUGCAUCGAUUAGCUUGAACGUAAGGUCUUGACUUACUGAUAGAUUGUCACAUUCCAAGUUCAACAUUCCUAAGG